UUUCCUUCUUUUUUUUUUUUGUUGUUGUCUCUUGUUUAGUACGGUCAACAUCAAACCAAAUUACUAUUCCUUGCGAAAUGGGGCGGAAACUUCACAUCAUUUAACGUCAGAUAAAGUACAAUAAACGCGUAUCAGAAACGUUUUUAUGCUUUUCUCUGACAAUACCAAAGAAGAGAGAGAGAGAGAGAGAGAAAAAGCUUCUUUUCUUGAAGAUUACAAGAGAGAUUUCUGGGCAAGUUCGGUUUCUUGAAUAUAUAUAUAUAUAUAUACACACACACACACACACGUAUAUAUAUAGUCAUCAUCUGGAACUAGCUAUCUACGUAAGGAAGAAACGAUUGAGAUUGUAAAAAAGAAGUUUAUUAUUGAUAAAGUGGUAGUAGAAGUGAGGAAUUUUGGAAGAAUAUAUUAUUGAUGAAAUGGAAAGCUUGUUGAAGGAAGAUUUUGUGGCUGUGAAGGCGAAGCACUCGUCGGACGAGGCUUUACAGAAAUGGAGGCAAGUCUGUGGGCUUGUCAAGAAUCCAAAGCGAAGAUUUCGAUUCACUGCCAAUCUCUCCAAGCGCUAUGAAGCUGCUGCUAUGCGCAAAACCAAUCAGGAGAAGUUACGGAUUGCUGUUUUGGUUUCAAAAGCUGCAUUUCAAUUUAUUCAAGGAGUGCAGCCAAGUGACUACACUGUACCUGAGGAGGUUAAAUCCGCCGGUUUUGACAUUUGUGCUGAUGAAUUGGGGUCUAUUGUCGAAGGCCAUGAUCUAAAGAAGCUUAAAUUUCAUGGUGGAGUAGAUGGUAUUGCAGAGAAGCUAUCGACAUCAAUCAAUAACGGGCUAAACACUGACUCCAAAUCGCUAAAUCGAAGAGUAGAUAUUUUCGGAAUCAACAAGUUUACAGAGAGCCAAACCCGGGGCUUCUGGAUAUUCGUUUGGGAAGCCCUGCAGGACAUGACCCUUAUGAUACUUGGAGUUUGUGCUUUUGUGUCUCUGAUUGUUGGCAUAGCAAUGGAAGGUUGGCCAAAGGGUGCUCAUGAUGGCCUUGGAAUCGUUGCAAGUAUCUUGCUGGUUGUCGUUGUGACAGCAACAAGUGAUUAUCGCCAAUCUUUGCAGUUUAAGGACUUGGACAAGGAGAAAAAGAAGAUUUCUAUUCAGGUCACAAGAAAUGGAUAUAGGCAGAAAAUGUCCAUAUACGACUUGCUUCCUGGUGAUAUAGUACACCUCUCUAUUGGUGACCAAGUCCCUGCAGAUGGGCUCUUUGUUUCGGGAUUUUCUGUGCUAAUUGAUGAAUCAAGUUUAACUGGUGAGAGUGAACCAGUAAUGGUUAGUACUGAAAACCCUUUUCUUCUUUCUGGUACUAAGGUCCAAGAUGGAUCAUGCAAGAUGAUGGUUACCACAGUAGGGAUGAGAACCCAAUGGGGAAAACUGAUGGCGACGCUUUGUGAAAGCGGAGACGACGAAACCCCUUUGCAGGUGAAGUUGAAUGGAGUGGCCACCCUUGUUGGGAAGAUUGGCCUUUUCUUUUCUGUUGUGACUUUUGCAGUUUUGAUUCAAGGAUUGGUCAGUCGGAAACUGCGUGAAGGGACUCACUGGAGCUGGUCGGGAGAUGAUGCAUUGGAACUGUUGGAAUUCUUUGCUGUUGCGGUCACAAUUGUCGUUGUUGCUGUUCCUGAAGGGCUGCCAUUGGCUGUGACUCUGAGCCUUGCUUUUGCCAUGAAGAAAAUGAUGAAUGACAAAGCACUUGUUAGGCACCUCGCGGCUUGUGAGACUAUGGGGUCGGCCACAAGUAUCUGCAGUGACAAAACUGGGACUCUUACUACCAACCACAUGACUCUUGUGAAAUCAUGCAUUUGUAUGAAUGUCAAAGAUGUUAGCAAAUCCAGUAAGGACUUGUGUUCAGACAUCCCAGAUUUUGCUGUCAAACUUCUCCUUCAAUCUGUUUUUAACAACACUGGUGGAGAGGUAGUGGUUAACAAAGAGGGAAAACGCGAGAUACUGGGAACACCUACCGAGACUGCUCUCUUGGAGUUUGCUUUGUCACUUGGUGGGGAUUUUCAGGCAGAGAGACAAGCUUCAAAACUUGUUAAGGUUGAACCAUUCAACUCUACAAAGAAAAGGAUGGGGGUGGUGCUUGAGCUUCCUGAAGGAGGUCUUCGAGUGCACACUAAAGGCGCUUCAGAAAUAGUAUUGGCUAACUGUGACAAGGUGAUCAAUUCAAAUGGUGAAAUAGUUCCUCUUGAUGAAGCAUCCAUUAACCAUCUCAAUGCCACAAUCACCCAAUUCGCCGAUGAGGCCCUUCGAACUCUAUGCCUUGCCUAUAUGGAACUGGAGAACGAAUUCUCAGCUGAGAAUCCUAUUCCAGUUUCUGGCUAUACUUGUAUUGGAAUCGUCGGUAUUAAAGAUCCGGUUCGUCCUGGUGUAAAGGAGUCAGUUGCGGUUUGUAAAGCAGCUGGUAUCACAGUAAGAAUGGUUACGGGAGACAAUAUAAACACUGCAAAGGCUAUAGCAAGGGAAUGUGGGAUCCUAACAGAUGAUGGUAUUGCCAUUGAAGGUCCAGAAUUUAGAGAGAAGACAGGGGAGGAAUUGGUUGAACUAAUUCCAAAGAUUCAGGUGAUGGCUCGGUCUUCGCCUCUAGAUAAGCACACACUGGUGAAACACUUGAGGACCACAUUUAAUGAAGUUGUUGCUGUAACUGGUGAUGGAACAAAUGAUGCCCCAGCACUCCAUGAGGCAGAUAUUGGAUUAGCUAUGGGCAUUGCUGGAACUGAGGUGGCUAAAGAGAGUGCAGAUGUCAUAAUCCUGGAUGACAAUUUCACCACAAUUGCGACCGUUGCCAAAUGGGGACGUUCAGUUUAUAUAAAUAUCCAGAAAUUUGUACAAUUCCAGUUGACAGUUAAUGUUGUUGCUUUGAUUGUGAACUUCACUUCAGCUUGUUUAACAGGGAGUGCGCCUCUUACAGCUGUUCAGCUAUUGUGGGUGAACAUGAUAAUGGACACACUUGGAGCUCUCGCCCUUGCGACUGAGCCUCCGACCGAUGAAUUAAUGAAGCGUUCUCCCGUCGGAAGGAAAGGAAACUUCAUUAGUAAUGUCAUGUGGAGGAACAUCCUUGGGCAAUCUUUGUAUCAGUUUCUGAUAAUAUGGUUUCUUCAGGCAAGAGGGAAAGCAAUAUUUGGUCUUGUUGGCCCAGAUUCUGAUCUCAUCCUUAACACACUUAUUUUCAACUCAUUCGUCUUUUGCCAGGUUUUUAAUGAGAUAAGCUCACGUGAAAUGGAGGAAAUAAACGUUUUCAAGGGCAUACUGGACAACUAUGUGUUCGUGGGGGUCCUUACAUGCACCGUCAUCUUUCAGAUCAUAAUCAUCGAGUUCCUUGGAACAUUUGCCAACACUUCUCCCCUCACCUUUUCACAGUGGUUUCUAAGUGUUUUCGUUGGGUUUUUGGGUAUGCCUGUUGCUGCUGGUUUGAAGAUGAUCCCUGUUUGAACCAGAAGUUGGAUGCAAUUUCUUGAAUUUACAUUCAUUUCUUGCGUUCUUAGAGAUAGAGAUAGUUAGACAUAACUAUGGCCAGCACCGAGGAAGAGAAUUUGAAUGUUUAAAAUCUCUCAUUCGUCCUAGCCAUUAAUAUGCUUAGAAAAAUGGUAAACUUUCAGGUAUGUUUAGCAUGUUCAAAGUCCAAAUUUUCGACAAGUUGUCCUGUAAAUGAACUUGUUUUCCUUUCUCUAGUCAAUCUCAUCGACAUGUAACCACUUUCCUUUUGGAAUUGUAUUCUCUUUUUUGGUUGUAUUAUACUCAACUGACAUGUAAAUAUUCUAUUUCUAGUAAUGGAAUAUUUUUAUUGUCUUCUACUA